UGAACACCCCUGGGUGCCACUGGCCUAACAAAAUUUCACAAAGGGAGAGAAUUAAAUAUAGAUCCUUAUGCUAAAUAAACUGUCCCCUACAUGUGAAUACAAUUAAAUCUUACACCAAUAUGCCAACCUUAUGCCUUACACAAUGUUAUCUAUAUAGUAUCAAAUAAGAUUUGUCAUGCAAUAAUAAUGUUAAGUGCUAUGCUACAUUCCAUAUUUGUCUUGUGACACCGUCCCACAAUUGUAUUCUCACUUCUUUUUCAACCCUUACGUUUUUGUAACUGUCACUUGCUAUUGCUCUUUGGAUACUUUUUCAGUUUCCUUGUUUUUUUUUUCAGUUUAAUUGGCAAAGUCCAAGACGGGUCUUCAUGCAAAUUGUACACUAACAUAGUUAACUGUAGCUUUGACUCAUGUUGGUUUUCUUGUGUGAACCCAAAAAGGUGGGAGGAGUCACACUCAAAUUAUUGUACUUGAUGUUUUUCUACAUGGUUAAGGAACGAGUGGUGUUUCUCAUUUAUUUUUCCACUACCACCCCCCUUUUGUUGUUUUAAUGUGAUGAUGUUUGUGGUAUGAUGUUAGAGAUACUGAUCUCUUUUAUGCUAUAAAAAGAGAUUUUGAAGUAUCAUUGGUGAAAUCUGUGGAGGGUUUGUGUUAGCUGACUGAACCAAAGAUGGGGUUUCAGCCAUUGAAUUGGUACUGCCGGCCAGCAGAGAACAGCAUUUGGGCAAAAGCAGUGGAUAGUGCUUUUGGGUCCUAUACACCUUGUGCAAUCAACACUCUUGUUAUCUCCAUUUCCAAUUUGGUUCUUGUGGGUUUGUGCUUGUAUCGGAUAUGGCUUAUCACUUGCAAUGCUAAAGCUCAGAGGUUUUGUUUGAGUUCGAAUUGCUAUAGCUAUCUUCUGGGAAUGUUGGCUGCUUAUUGUGCUGUUCAACCUAUUUUGAGAUUGUUAACUGGAAAUUCAGCUUUCAACCUGAAUGGCGAAACCGAAUUUGCUCCAGUUGAGAUAACUACACUGAUCGUUGAAGCGCUUACUUGGAGCUCAAUGAUAACUCUCAUCCUCUUGGAAACAAAGGUUUAUAUCAGACAAUUUAGAUGGUUGGUGCGCUUUGGAGUUAUAUAUGUUUUGGUGGGAGAUAUUGUAAUGCUUAACCUUCUUCUGCCAGUGAAAGAUUACUGCAGCAGAUCUGCUCUGUUUCUGUACAUUAGCAGUUUCAUCUGCCAGGUGUUGUUUGGUACCUUACUUUUUGUUUACAUUCCGGAUUUGGUUCCUUAUUCUGGUCAUACAACAAUGCAAGCUGAGCUACCUGACCAUGGUGAAUAUGAACCUCUUUGUGGAGAUGAUCAAGUUUGCCCUGAGAGGCAUGCCAACAUAUUCUCUAGAAUAUGUUUCGGAUGGAUAACGCCACUCAUGAAACAAGGCUACAGAAAACCAAUAACUGAAAAGGAUGUUUGGAAGCUAGAUGAAUGGGAUCGAACAGAGACAUUAACUGAAAAGUUCCAAAAGUGUUGGAUGUUAGAAUUUCAAAGCUCUAACCCAUGGCUUUUAAGAGCAUUGAACAGUAGUCUGGGGAAAAGGUUUUGGAUGGGAGGCAUCUUUAAGAUUGGUAAUGAUCUUUCUCAGUUUGUGGGACCUAUUUUGCUGAAUCAUCUCUUAGAUUCAAUGCAAAGAGGAGACCCAUCUUGGAUUGGUUACAUCUAUGCCUUCUCAAUAUUUGUUGGAGUGGCAGUUGGUGUUCUUUGUGAAGCACAGUAUUUCCAGAAUGUUAUGCGUGUUGGUUUUCGGCUUAGAUCAACUUUGGUGGCUGCUAUAUUUAGAAAAUCUUUAAGGCUAACUAAUGAUGGUCGAAAGAACUUCCCAUCUGGGAGGCUUAUGAAUAUGAUAACAUCAGAUGCCAAUGCAUUACAGCAAAUAUGUCAACAACUUCAUGGACUAUGGUCAGCACCAUUCCGUAUCACUGUAGCUAUUGUUCUCCUAUACCAGCAACUAGGUGUUGCUUCACUUAUUGGAUCAUUAAUGCUAGUUCUCAUUAUCCCACUGCAGACAUUUGUGAUUAGCAAAAUGCGAAAACUGACAAAGGAAGGACUGCAACAGACAGACAAAAGGGUUGGUCUCAUGAAUGAAAUUCUGGCUGCCAUGGAUACUGUAAAAUGUUAUGCAUGGGAAACAAGCUUUCAGUCUAGAAUUCUAAGCAUACGAGACAACGAGCUAUCAUGGUUCCGCAAAGCCCAGCUGCUAUAUGCUCUUAACAGUUUUAUACUGAACAGCAUCCCUGUUCUUGUGACGGUGACCUCAUUUGGAAUGUUCACUUUACUGGGUGGAGAAUUGACACCUGCCAGGGCAUUUACCUCAUUAUCUCUGUUUUCAGUUUUGCGCUUUCCUUUAAAUAUGCUACCAAACUUACUAAGUCAGGUAGCAAAUGCAAAUGUCUCAUUGCAACGUUUGGAGGAACUGUUCUUAGCUGAGGAGCGAAAUUUAAAACAAAAUCCACCUAUUGAACCAGGACUUCCAGCCAUCUCAAUUGAGAAUGGAUACUUUUCAUGGGAUCGUAAGGAAGAGAAACCGACAUUAUCAGAUAUCAAUGUGGAAAUACCAGUUGGCAGCUUAGUUGCAAUCAUUGGCGGUACUGGAGAAGGCAAAACAUCACUUAUUUCAGCGAUGAUUGGAGAGUUACCUCCUUUAGCCAAUGGAAAUGCUACAAUCAGAGGCACUGUUGCUUAUGUUCCUCAGAUUUCAUGGAUUUACAAUGCCACAGUUCGUGAAAACAUAUUAUUUGGAUCAAAAUUUGAAUAUGAACAAUAUCGGAAGGUCAUUGAUAUGACUGCUCUACAGCAUGAUCUCAACUUACUACCUGGACGUGAUUUUACAGAGAUCGGAGAAAGAGGAGUCAAUAUUAGUGGUGGUCAAAAGCAAAGAGUUUCCAUAGCUAGGGCUGUAUACUCAAAUUCGGAUAUAUAUAUAUUUGAUGAUCCUUUGAGUGCUCUUGAUGCUCAUAUUGCUCAAGAGGUUUUCAGGAACUGUAUAAAGGAAGGGCUACGAGGGAAAACCAGGGUUCUUGUCACCAACCAACUACAUUUUCUCCCUCAGGUGGAUAAAAUCAUUCUGGUUAGUGAAGGAAUGAUUAAGGAGCAGGGAACCUUUGAGGAGUUAUCAAAAAGUGGGCCUCUAUUUCAGAAACUAAUGGAAAAUGCAGGGAAAAUGGAACAAGCAGAUAAUAAUGAAGAUAGAGAAAGUCAUGGCACAGAUAACGAUUUACCCAUGAAUAAUGAAGCAAUUGAGGAAUUACCAAGUGAUGCAAGCUAUGAGAAAAAAGGAAAAUUACGAAAAUCAGUACUUAUUAAGAAAGAAGAGCGGGAGACAGGCGUGGUUAGUUGGAAAGUUGUAAUGCGGUACAAAUCUGCACUGGGAGGACUGUGGGUAGUUUCCAUACUAUUUUCUUGCUAUACAUUAACAGAAGUUCUUCGAAUUUCAAGUAGCACAUGGUUAAGUGUGUGGACAUCUCAAGAUUCCACUGCAGAUUAUGAUCCAACGUAUUUUCUUUUGAUCUAUGCACUUUUCUCAUUUGGACAGGUAUCUGUGGCACUUGCAAACUCUUAUUGGUUGAUCAUUUGUAGUCUUCGUGCUGCCAAAAAUUUGCACGAUGCAAUGCUAGAUAAAAUCCUCCGGGCUCCUAUGGUAUUCUUCCAAACUAAUCCGGUUGGCCGCAUAAUUAAUAGGUUUGCAAAAGAUACGGGAGAUAUAGAUACCAAUGUUUUUAAUUUGGUGAACAUGUUUUUGGGGCAAGUCUGGCAACUACUUUCGACAUUUGUUCUUAUAGGCACCGUGAGCACCAUAUCCCUGUGGGCUAUAAUGCCACUUCUGAUCUUCUUUUAUGCAGCUUAUCUAUAUUACCAGAGCACAGCUCGAGAGGUAAAGCGCAUGGAUUCCAUUACAAGAUCUCCUGUUUAUGCACAUUUUGGUGAAUCACUGAACGGUUUGUCAAGCAUUCGUGCAUAUAAAGCAUAUGACAGAAUGGCACACAUUAAUGGAAAAUUCAUGGAUAAAAACAUCAGAUUCACUCUUGUGAAUAUCAGCUCAAAUCGUUGGCUAACCAUAAGGCUAGAAACAUUAGGAGGCCUGAUGAUUUGGUUGAUAGCAACAUCUGCUGUCUUGCAGAAUGCAAGAGCUGCAAACCAGGCAAUGUUUGCAUCUACAAUGGGUUUACUUCUCAGUUAUACUUUGAACAUAACAAAUCUCUUGAGUGGUGUCCUCAGACAAGCAAGUAGAGCUGAAAACAGUUUAAAUUCUGUUGAGCGUGUCGACACAUACAUAAAUUUAGAAACUGAGGCUCCCGGUGUAAUUGAGACACAUCGUCCACCACCAGGAUGGCCAACAUCAGGAUCAAUUGAGUUUGAGGAUGUUGUUCUGAGAUACCGGCCAGAACUUCCUCCAGUGUUGCAUGGAUUGUCCUUUACAGUACCUCCAACUGAGAAGAUAGGGAUAGUUGGAAGAACUGGUGCAGGAAAAUCUAGCAUGCUUAACGCACUAUUCCGGAUUGUGGAGCUACAAAAAGGAAAAAUCAUUAUUGAUGGUUGUGAUAUUUCUACAUUCGGAUUAGAAGAUGUUCGAAAAGUUCUUACUAUCAUACCACAAUCUCCAGUUCUUUUCUCUGGAACUGUUCGUUUCAAUCUUGAUCCAUUUAAUGAACACAAUGAUGCUGACCUAUGGCAAGCUUUAGAAAGGGCGCAUUUGAAGGAUGUAAUAAGAAGAAAUACGUUUGGUCUAGAUGCUAAGGUUUCAGAGGGAGGAGACAAUUUUAGUGUUGGACAGAGGCAACUGUUAAGUCUAGCUAGAGCAUUGCUACGAAGAUCAAAGGUUCUUGUCCUGGAUGAAGCUACUGCUGCUGUAGAUGUUAGAACUGAUGCACUUAUACAGAAAACUAUCAGACAAGAAUUUCAGUCCUGCACAAUGCUCAUCAUUGCACACAGACUAAAUACAAUCAUCGACUGCAAUCAGAUUCUGCUGCUAGAUGCUGGCCGGGUUCUUGAAUAUAGUUCACCAGAGGAGCUCUUACAAAACGAAGGAACUGCUUUCUACAAGAUGGUUCAAAGUACUGGACCUGAAAAUGCUCAGUAUUUAUGUAGCCUAGUAUUUGGAAAGACAGAGAAUAACUCUAAUGAAUAUAACAAGGAGUUGGAACACCAUGUGAGACAAUUAGCUUCUUCUCACUGGACUUCUGCUACUCAGUUUGCCAUAGCUUCUACCCUUUCUUCAUUACACCAGCACCUUCAAGAGCCAAGUAGUGAAGAAAAUAAAGAUAUCCUUCAUAAAACAACGGCUGCAGUUACAACACUUCAAGAAGUUCUAGUGGGGAAGCAUGAUGAAGACAUAGAAGAGACACUGUAUAAAUACCAUAUUCCUACAGAUAGAUGGUGGUCUACUCUCUAUAAAGUUAUUGAAGGUCUUUCUCUUUUGAAGAGGUUGCCUCUAGACAACAUUCAACAACUAGAACUUGAUUUUGAAGGGAGAUCUUUUGACUAACAUACAUCUUGAGGGGUGUGAAGAAGAGUUUGCAAAUGCAAUUAAAUCGGAGGGAUAGCCACAAUAUGACAAGAUUCUUUAGAAUUUUCCCCCUCUUUGUUACACCAGUUUCCUCUCUGUGUAUGUUUUAAUACUUUCUCUUAUGCUAAUAGGGUUACCAAGUAAUCCAUAUUCAAUAUAAUUAUUUUAGCUUCCGCCGGGCUAGGUUAUUUUAAA